AUGGUGAGCUUUAUUAGUGAAUCAGAAACCGAUGAUCAAAAUCACUCGAUAACUGAGGAAGAGGAUGAAUUCAUAGAAGAAACUAUCGGUGAACGAUUGUGGGGAUUAACCGAUAUGUUUCCAGAAAUUGUACAAAAUUCUAUUAGUGUAAUAGCGACAUUUUCAAUGCGAGGUGGAAAAAAUGUAAUAUGGUUCACAUCUAAAGCGAUAUGGAUUACCAGUACUUCAUUCAUGAUGCUUGUUUUGCCCGUAAUGUUAGAAAUUGAACGUGUUACUGUAGAAGAACAGCAGCUACAGCAACAAAGACAGAUCCUCUUAGGUCCGAAUGCAGCCGCUUCUGGUUAUGGGCCGAGCACUCAAGGGUUGGGGGCGCUACCGUCAAUGCCUGGACCGCAACCAAAGUCAUAG